UUGUUUUUCGUCUGGUUUACUAUUCAGGAUUUUGACUUCAGAUUGGAUCCUUUUUUGAAGGUUUACAAACUGAACAAAUGCAUGUGGGUAAUAAGGGAGAAUGAUUUCCCAGGUUUUCAUCUUGUCCUCGAAGGGCGAUCACCUCAUUUAUAAGGACUUCCGUGGUGAGGCAAGCAGUGAUGUCAUCAACGUGUUCUACGAGAUGGUGACGUCCUUGCGUGGAGACCAACCACCAGUCGUCAUGAGUCGUGAUGGCCUGCAUUUCAUCCACAUCAGACAGGGGGGACUCUAUUGUGUUGCCACAACAACAGCCAACCCCUCGCCCUUCACCAUCAUCGAGUUCCUUAACAGACUUGCAGGCCUGAUUAAGGACUACUGUGGCAGUCUGUCUGAGAAGUCGGUGAAGAUGAACUUUGCCCUGAUCUACGAGAUGCUGGACGAGAUGCUGGACUAUGGCUACAUCCAGACGUCCUCGGCUGACAUCCUGAAGAACUUCAUCCAGACAGAGGCAGUGAGCUCCAAGCCUUUCAGCCUGUUUGACCUUAGCAAUGUGGCGCUGUUUGGUGCAGACACGCAGCAGAGCAAAGUGGCCCCCAGUGCAGCUGCCAGUCGGCCCAUAAUGUCCAGCCGAGACCAGGGAGGGAAGAACGAGAUCUUUGUUGAUGUCAUCGAGAGGCUGACUGUGGUCAUUGCUGCAAACGGGGUUCUGAUGAAAGGUGAUAUUCAGGGGGAGAUCAAGGUGAAGUGUUACAUGCCCAGCUGUUCAGAGAUGAGAAUAGGACUGAAUGAGGAGUUCAGCAUAGGGAAGUCCCAGCUGAGAGGCUACGGGGCGGCGGUGCGGGUUGAUGAAUGCAGCUUCCAUCAGUCCGUCAGGCUGGAUGAGUUUGACAGCUACAGGAUCCUGAAAGUGUGUCCCAGCCAAGGAGAGCAAACGGUGAUGCAGUAUCAGCUGUGUGAUGACCUGCCCUCAGCCCCACCCUUCCGUCUCUUUCCCACUGUCGAGAGAGACAACAGUGGCAGGUUGUUAAUAUACUUAAAGCUCAGGUGUGACCUGCCACCAAAGAGCGCUGCUCUGAAUGUCUCAGUCACAGUUCCUGUACCCAAGGGCUCAUUAAGUCUGUCCCAAGAGCUGAGUAGUCCUGACCAGAGUGCGGAGCUGCAGCCCAGCAGUAAAGCGGUGCUGUGGGAGAUACCUCGAUUCCCUGGGGGGGCCCAGCUCUCUGCCCUCUUCAAGCUGGAAGUUCCUGGCCUAAGCGCUGCUUCUCUGUUGGAAGUAGGCCCAGUCAGUCUGAGUUUUGAGCUCCCAAAGCACACCUGCACAGGCCUGCAGAUCCGAUUCCUCCGCCUUUCCCCCACCCAGCCAGGCCCGUCUCAGCGGUGGGUUCGCUAUGUGACCCACUCAGACUCUUACACCAUCCGCAUCUGACACACAGACUCGCACGUACGUGCACACACACGUUCCUCCACUUCAGUGGGGUGACCUCUGAGCCUUGCACUGCUGGCCAGGGAUGACCUCUGAACCCCCAUACUGUUGCCUGACGAUGGCCUUAACGCUGCUGCUUCUGGAACAGAAUGGCUCGCUGUGUGCAUAUGUAAGCCUGUCAUGGACUGAGUGUGUGAGUG